ACUCAAAUAAUUUCUUUGGCGUGUUCUUGUCGGUUGUCGUCUCGUGUCGUGUGGUGAAGAAAUCCGCAGUUUUAUAAAACUAAGUAAUUUGAUAAAUUAAUUGGUUCCUUAAGCAUAAUCAAAAGUAAAAAUUAAAUAUGGCUCCACCAUCAUAUUCAGAUUUAGGUAAACAAGCUCGUGACAUCUUUGGAAAAGGAUAUCAUUUUGGGUUAUGGAAAUUGGAUUGUAAAACUAAAACUCCAUCUAAUAUUGAAUUCACCACUUCUGGACACUCAAAUCAAGAUACUGGAAAAGUAUUCGGUUCUUUAGAAACCAAAUACAAAGUAAAGGAUUAUGGUUUAACUUUUACUGAAAAAUGGAAUACCGAUAACACAUUGUUUACUGAAGUAGCAGUUGCUGAUAAACUUUUAGAAGGACUUAAAUUGUCUUUCGAAGGAUCUUUUGCUCCACAGUCUGGAAACAAAAGUGGAAAAUUCAAGGCUAAUUAUGGCCAAGAAAAUGUCCAAAUUAAUUCAGACAUAAAUGCCGAUUUGGCUGGUCCUUUAAUUAAUGCUUCUGGUGUAUUUGGAUACCAAGGAUGGUUAGCUGGAUACCAAACAGCUUUUGAUACACAAAAAUCUAAAAUAACAACAAAUAAUUUUGCUUUGGGUUAUACUACUCCUGAUUUUGUCUUACAUACAGCUGUUAAUGAUGGUCAAGAAUUCAGUGGAUCAAUUUUCCAGAAAUGUUCUGAUCAAUUAAACUGCGGUGUUCAACUAUCUUGGACUUCUGGUUCAAAUGCCACUAAAUUUGGUAUUGGUUGCACUUACAAAUUAGAUUCAGAAGCAACUGUACGCGCUAAAGUAAAUAAUGCAAGCCAAGUCGGUUUGGGAUAUCAACAGCGACUUCGUGAUGGAGUUACUUUAACUUUAUCAACAUUGAUUGAUGCCAAGAAUUUCAAUGCUGGUGGUCAUAAAAUUGGUGUAGCACUUGAAUUGGAAGCAUAAAUAAAUCCUUCGCUAACAUAAUAUAUACAUAAAUUUAACUUUUAUUUUUAAUGCUAAAUAAAAAUAAAAUAAGGAAAAGAAAAUGUAUAA